CUGAACAAGCUAGGUACACUCCAAUAAUGGUGAUAUCAGCUGCACUGGGGUGAGGUGGCUUCACAAGGAGACGACCACAAAUGCGAUCACUGGAUAUUGAAGAGAUAGCCGUUGCAUUGAUUUCCUUUCUCCACAUCAACCCCACUCCCCUGCAGCCUCUUCUCAGAGGGUUGAAUUUUCUAUAAGUCUUUUGAUCGAUCUUUAUUUCAGCUGUAAAGGCCGGGUGGAUGUUGCGUAGACGAUCUGCCUCAAAGGGCCAGAGCCAGUGCUCAGGCUUACUGCAAUGAUGUCACACCCACUUUCAGCCUGUUGUGUUCCCCACUGCCAAGGCCUCCAUGCAGUGCCUCCUUGCUGGCUGACCCGCAAUGAAGCCGGGCUACAUCGUGAUGACGUCGAGGGCAGACGGUACGGAUGGGGCUGCACCUGACCUCGACAUCUACCGCCCGAAAAGAUCGAUUUUGCCAAGAAUAUGCAUUGCCCUACUGUUGGUCCUCCUGUUUGCAGCAACAGCACUCUUUGUGGUCUUUGUGGUGCUGUACGCGCUCAACACAUCUCCAUCCUCUUCUUCUUCAGCAGUGACAUCUUCAUCAUCUUCUUCCUCAGCAGCAACAUCUCCCUCCCCUACUCCUACCCCCACACCUAAUGUGUGUGUGAGUGAGGCUUGCCUGGAUCUGGCAGUGCAGAUCAAGGGGGCCAUGGAUGAGAGCAUUGAUCCCUGUGAGGACUUCUACAACUUCACCUGCGGUAACUGGCCGGCCUUCAACCACAUCCCUGAAGGUCUGUAUGGGACAGGAGCACUAGAAGGGCAGCAGUAUGCGGUGUACAGUGACUUGGCUGAGGUUCUGGAGACAGAUUUCACAGGAGGGAACAAGGUCCUGACCCAGCUGUCAAACUUCUAUGACUCCUGCAUCACCGCUCAGAUGAUGAAUGAGACGGAAUUUGUCGAUCGUCUUGUGCCCAUCAUUAGAAAGUUUUUACCAACAGCUUGGUGGGUGGAGUUUGGUGAAUAUAUCUGGCGAUGGAACGGUGUGGAGUGUCAACAGCUCCCAGUUCAUUAGAGAGAAAAUGACAGGGAGCGAUGCAUUCUACAGUCUCAGUGUUGGGUUUGACGAAGAUGCUCGCCAGUAUUCAUUGGUUAUCGAGCAAGCUGGGCUAAGUCUUGAAGAUCCACAAUUGUACAAUGACACCAACUCAACGGACGUGUUGCUGUAUGAGAUAGAGAUAAUUCUGACGGAACUGGCUCAGAACCCUAUUGCUUUGGAAUUUGAAUAUGCCCUGGCACAAAUUUGGGAAGACACUACCUUUAAUGAUGACGAAGAUGGCACAAACAAUACCUACACAGUUAAAGAGCUCUACAAACUGUGGCCAUACCAUGACUGGCUAGGAGUGUUAAAUGGAGUUCUUGGGCCAUCAGGAGUAGACAUCAAACUCUCUUCUAGUGUGACUGUGAGAACUCCCGAAUACUUCAGACGGUUGACUGAACUAGUGGAGAACAUUGACAAUGAAAUUCUGGAGAACUAUGCCAAGUGGAGCAUGACGUGGCAGUUGGCUGAGAUCUUUGUCCCAGACACCACCAUCAGAGAGAGUCUGAUUCUCUUUAGACAGCUGGUACUGGGGAAACCGUCCAUGGACCAGCAACAAGAGUGUGUCCAAAUUGUGGAACAAAUGCUCCCGUUGGCUCUGGGUAGAGUGUAUGCUCAAUACCUUCUCCCUGAUGGUUACAAAGAGGCUGGUGUUGAGCUGGUGGCUGGAGUAAGGGCAGGUCUCAAACAGAGGAUGAUUGAUGUUGACUGGCUGGAUGAUGAGACCAGGAAACUGUCCAUUGAGAAGCUGGAAGCCAUUCAGUCAAGAGUUGCAUACCCAAAUAUGACAUUCAAUGACAGCUUUCUGGAUAUGCUCUACGGAAUGUACAAGUUUAACAAGGGCCAGUAUGUUGAAAACUACUUGGAGUUCAUCAACAUCUCUUUACGUCAGCAGUUUUCACUCAUCUACAAGCCUCUUGACAGAAACAUGUGGCUGGAUGACCCUACUUCAGUAAACGCUUAUUACAUAGCAGUCUUCAAUCAAAUAUCAAUUCUUGAGGCUAUAAUGCGGACUCCGUCUUUUAGUGAUGAGUGGCCACUGUCGGUGCAGUAUGGUGCUCUUGGGAUGGUAUUGGGACACGAACUUACUCACGGAUUUGACAAUAAUGGUCGUCAGUACGAUAAGAAUGGUCGGAAGAGAAUGUGGUGGAGUAAGGAGGCAGUAGAUAAAUUCAAGGAAAGAGCUCAGUGUUUUGUGGAGCAAUACUCUCAAUAUGAGCUGUUUGGAAUAUCAGUCAACGGAAAUCAAACACUUGGAGAAAAUAUUGCAGACAAUGGUGGAAUCAGAGCAAGCUAUGAUGCAUUUAAGAAAGUUUCACAUAAGAGCGAAAAACUGCCUGGACUGACUGAUUACUCUGAUGACCAACUGUUCUUUAUUGGAUUUUCACAGCUUUGGUGUUUAUAUUCAACUUACCUCUCCUUCUUGAUUUCUGUGCUAACUGAUGAGCACUCUCCAGGACCGUUCAGGAUCAUUGGAACUCUGUCAAACAAUGAACUAUUCUCCGAGGCUUUCGAAUGUCCAAUCGUCAGGGGUUCUUUCGUAGCUGUACAUCUCAACACGUCCCCUGUCACUUACAACGAAACUGGUAAUUCUACCCGAUUUCCUGAUGAGACUUCAGUUGCUGUUGAAGAUUACAAUUACUUUAUAUCUGACAUCAACCUCCAAGCAAUACCAGGGAAACUUCUCAUUGGAGCAGCAGACACCCUGUACCUGCUGAAUCCCGACCUUACCGAGGACACAGCUCUCACCCUUCCCACCUCCACCUCCAACAUUGACACCUGCACCGCCAGUGAUCGCUCUGACAAUCCAGGGUUAGCCUGCCACAACCAUAUCAGAGUGUACCAGAGAGUCCCAGGCCAGGACAUACUGCUGGUGUGUGGGACAUGUGCUGGAGUUGAGCCUCGCUGCCAAGGAGUUGGCAUAUCUGGAGAUGGACUCUCAGCCACAGGAGGGGACGGAGAGGUGGCAUCAGAUGGAAUCAUCUCAUACUACCCCGAGUUCACCCAGUUCGGAGACUUCAGAAAUUCCACAGACUCUGACCCAGUCUACCUGUCUGCUGGUUUCUUCCCCGGGGACUCCGGGGCCGGCCGACACUUCAGCAUCUCCUACAAAAACAUCACCUUGACAAUGCCCUCCGACCCCGACACGCUGGGCACGGACAACCUGUUCCAGACUAUUAACGCCAACAACAACUGGCUACGGUUCCCUGUGGUGUUUGUCGGGGCAGAGAAAGCCGACUACUCACCCACACCAUCUUCGACAGGGCUAGAAGAGGACUACCAGUUCUGGUUCAUAUUCCUCCGUGAGAAGCUGGUUACAGACGACAUCAUCUACUCACGGCUGGCGAGAGUGUGUCGCAAUGACCCGGGCUCCACCAGCACGUCAAACGGAUCUCCCUACUUCACCACGUUCAUGAAGGCACGCAUCUUCUGUGAGAGGAGUAAACCGGCCAGUUUUGAUUCAAUCCACACACUGAACUAUGAGUACAACAGCAUCACUAGUUUUGUAUUCAGUCAGGAGAGUCGCUACUACAGCAACACUUCACCUCCAAAGAGGCUAUUGUACGGGUCAUUUACUGGACCAGGAAAUGGACCAGUAGGCUCUGCUAUCUGUGUUUAUCCUGCUGAUAACUCAGUAGAGAGCUCAGCAGGUGCGGGUCGUACUAAGAGUGUGUUUGACAUAUUCAGAGAAGAUGUGGCGAACGACGUGGAAACUACAGCACUGGAAAACACCUUCCUUGAGUGUGACCCAGAAGGUCGCCCUGAGAGUGACCAGCAGCUCCUGUUCAUUAACCCUGACGUCUCCGUGGAACAAAUUGGGGAUGACCCUAUCCUCAUGCUCGAAAAUGUCAUUGUGACUCAGAUGGUGCAGGACAGUGUCUGUGUUGUCACCAGAGACACUAGCUCCACAUGUGUCAAUCAGGAUGUCCUCUUCCUUGGAUUAGACUCUGGCCAUGUGCUGAAGGUGGUGUUUGCAACGGAUGAGAAUGGAGAUAUUGAACCAGUCAUUGUUGAAGAUAUCGAGUUGGAUGAUGAGAAUGCAAUCACAAAGAUGGCCAAAAAGGAGGACAGUGACAGGUUGUAUGUCAGUAGUUGGUCCAAGAUCUACAGCCUCCCACUGCACAGAUGUUCAAGGCUUCACACCUGCAGUGAGUGUGUGGGGUCGAGGGAUCCAUACUGUGUGUGGAGUGACGAGAGACUCGAGUGUGUGCAGACACCACUGGUAGCCUCAGACUCUGCUGCUCAGGGAACUGUGGAUGACACUAUGUUCUUCCAAAAUAUUCACACUGGCUCUGCCACUGGAUGCAACUAUCCGGAGGUUGGGUUUGUGGACAUGAAUAUUUCUGUGAGUGAGGGAGCAGGGAGCGUUGGUAUAGACAUCACGGCCUCUGGAGCCACCUUCGUCGAGGUCUUUCUGGAGAGUGGCACGGCCACAGGUGUGAACAUCUCAUUCUCCGCCUUGAGCUAUACCAUCAGUGAAGGAGACAGCUUCCUUAAUGUGACAGUGAACAAAGUUGGCACUACAAAUUUCAUUGCAUCGGUCACACUUCAAUCGUCUGAUGGAACUGCAUUAGGUGGGAAUGACUAUCUAAUGCAGGACUUGCUGUUGGCCUUUGAACCCAUAUCUAGCAGUCAGUAUAUAAUAAUCCCAUUGGUCAAUGAUGAUGUCAUGGAGGCGGAUGAAGAGUUUACCCUAACUCUGACCGUAGCAGAUGGAACGCAAGGAGUUAAUAUUGCUUCACCAGCCACAGCCAGUGUUACUAUAACUGAUGAUGAUGAGGUGACCGUCAGUCUGUCUCAAUCGUCCUACGUGGUGUCUGAGGAGGAUGGCGAGGUGACACUGCAGCUGGUCAAGUCAGGAGAGACUGAGCUACCAGUUGAGGUCCUGCUGUCCACUGUGACCGGCACUGCCUCUGCUCCAGGAGAUUUCACGGCAGUCAGUGACAGGGUCAUCACCUUCUCUGCCCAGCAAACCUCACUGACCACCACAGUCAAUCUGAUGGAUGACAUCAUAGCAGAGGAUGAGGAGUCGUUCUUUGUGUCUCUCUCCAUACCGGCCACCCAGGGGGGAGUGGGGAUAGGCCAGGCACAGGCCACCAUCACUGUCAGAGAUAGAGAUACUGUUAUAGUUCGACUGGGCUCCACUGCCUACACCUGGAGUGAAGGAGAUGGGGAGGUGGCGGUAGUGAUUGAGAAGAUUGGCAGCAACGAGAGGGUCAUCUCUGCCAGUCUACAGGCUGAACCAAUGACUGCUUUAGGUAAAAUUAAUGUCACACACUAUCUCAUUGUCAUUGACAUAUCUGGAUUUGACUACUCAUUCCGGGACAGUCUUGAAGUCCAGUUCUCAUCGGGGGAGACUCAGAAAGAGGUGGUGGUGGUCAUUGAGGAUGACAGUGUCCUGGAGGACACCGAGACGUUCUUACUCUCCCUCGACAUUGGUCCUGGAGCCACCUACGAUGGCAACUCCUUUGCCAAUAUCACUAUCACUGAUGACGAUGAAGUUAUGGUCCAGUUUUCCAGUGAGGUCUGUGCACUGAGUGUCUCUGAGGAUGCUGGUAGCCUGGAGGUCUCCGUUGCUAGAAUCGGUCUCAGCUCCAUACCUGUGACAGUCUCCGUUCAGAUACAGAGUGGAACAGCUAUUGUGUCAUCAGACUUUUCGGGAGGUCAAGAGGAGUCUUCCCUGCUCACCAUCCCGGCCUCCCCCUCCUCCACGGCCUCCCUGGAGGUCUCCAUACUGGAUGAUGAGGUGGUGGAGACUAGCCCAGAGUUCUUCUCUGUGUCCAUCUCCAGCUCUCAGACUGGAGUCACUGUGGCUGGUAGUGACACUGCCAACAUCUCCAUCUACGACAAUGACUAUGUGGAGAUCUCAUUCGCUUUGACAAGUGUGACCGUCUCCGAGGAAGUGGGUGUGGUCAGCAUCACUCUCCUUCUCUCUGGUCUCCAUUCCAUUCCAGUGUCUGUAUCACUGUCUACUCAACCCCUCACUGCUACAGCUGACCAAGACUUUGAGCCAAUCACUGAGAUUGUGACCUUUGAACCUGGUGUUACGUCAAGAUCAGUUUCAGUCACCAUAGUGAAUGAUGACAUCAGAGAAGAAUCCGAAGAAUUCCUGGUUUUAGUCAGUGGAGACGACAUAGUAAUGGAAGGAUCAAUCCCACAGACCACAGUCCUGGUAGUGGACUCAGACACUGUGCAGAUAGGUUUCUCUACAUCGUCAUACUCUGUCUCUGAGGAUGCUGGUAGCCUGGAGAUUACCAUCACUAGAAUUGGUCUCAGUUCAAUACCUACAACAGUCUCUGUUCAGAUCAGGAAUGGAACUGCUCUUGAGUCGUCAGACUUUUCGGGAGGUCAAGAGGAGUCUUCCCUGCUCACCAUCCCGGCCUCCCCCUCCUCCACGGCCUCCCUGGAGGUCUCCAUACUGGAUGAUGAGGUGGUGGAGACUAGCCCAGAGCUCUUCUCUGUAUCCAUCUCCAGCUCUCAGACUGGAGUCACUGUGGCUGGUAGUGACACUGCCAACAUCUCCAUCUACGACAAUGACUAUGUGGAGAUCUCAUUCGCUUUGUCAAGUGUGACCGUCUCCGAGGAAGUGGGUGUGGUCAGCAUCACUCUCCUUCUCUCUGGUCUCCAUUCCAUUCCAGUGUCUGUAUCACUGUCUACUCAACCCCUCACUGCUACAGCUGACCAAGACUUUGAGCCAAUCACUGAGAUUGUGACCUUUGAACCUGGUGUUACGUCAAGAUCAGUUUCAGUCACCAUAGUGAAUGAUGACAUCAGAGAAGAAUCCGAAGAAUUCCUAGUUUUAUUCAGUGGAGACGACAUAGUAAUGGAAGGAUCAAUGCCACAGACCACAGUCCUGGUAGUGGAUUCAGACACUGUGCAAAUAGGAUUUUCCACACCCUUGUACUCUGUCUCUGAGAGUGCUGGUUUGAUUAGGAUUGUGGUGGAAGUCACCGGCCAAACGGAUGCAUAUUUCCGAGCUAAUAUUUCCACAGACAGUGUCACUGCCACAGCUAAUGAGGACUAUCAACCACUAUGGACACAGUUGGUCUUUGGACCUUUGGACACAGCUACUAGGGAGCUCACUCUACAACUGUUGGAUGACAGUGUCAGAGAGAGCACAGAAGAGUUCAGAGUUCAAAUCACUCUCGACCCUCUCAACAGUGCAGGAGUUAGUGUGGGACAGGAUACAACCUCCAUCCAAAUAGAAGAUGAUGACAGUGUCUCAGUGAGCUGGGGAGCGAUAGGCUACACAGUGUCGGAGUCUCAGAGUGUGGUAGAGCUGAAUCUGGUGAUCGGUGGCUCCACUUCGUACAACUCCACUCUACUUAUCUCCACCCUUGCCAGAUCAGCCACUGCUGCCCAGGACUAUGUUCCCAUAUUGGGUCGCCAAUUGGAGAUCUCUCCCGGUGUGGCCCUCCUCUCAGUGGUCCUGGAUCUGCUGGACGACACAGAGGUGGAGGCUCUGGAGCAGUUCACGGUGACAGUGGAGCCAGCAGAGGGAGAGGAACAGGGGGUGAUGAUUCAACAGCCAGACACAGAGGUCUUUAUUGUCAGUGAUGAUGUUGUGCAGGUUCAGUUCCUGAAUACCACCUUGACUGUCGUGGAGGGAGAGACUGCAGAGCUAGCUAUCUUCUCUACUGCCACUGCUCCCUUUGUCAUUGCCCUCUCUGCCACACUAGAAGCUGGCUCCAGCCAGCAACAGUCAAUAAACUACCUGUACCUCCUGCAGCGGACAGUUAUCAUUCCUGCCGGCUCUAGUAACACUUCCCUCCCCCUGUACAUUGUACCUAGCAUGGGGAAUGGGACUGAGACUCUAGUGGAAGUGGUAUUGGAACUGGUGGAUGGAACAGAGUCCAACUCGACACCACGUUACAUGUCUACUAGCACCAGUCAAACUCCUACACCCACUCCCCCCGGGCCACCCAUCCAGCCUGAGGUGGGACAAGUAACCAGAGAGAACUCUGAGUGCCUCUACCCCAGCCAAGCAGCGGCCAUAGCCAUCACCACGAUACUAGCACUACUGCUCGCCCUACUCUUCAGUUUUGCCGCCCUACUCUUCUUGUUCCUGAGGUACUCACACAGUCGACACGUCUCGAAAAAAUCGUCUGAGGUGUGUUAUCUGCCGUCUGAGGAAUCCACUAAAGGAGCACUGAACCACAGUUUUGAAAACAAAGAGGAAGUGACCUCAUUCAAUGAGAGUGAGCCAGCCACAUCAACAACUUCAUUGACUCAGGAGAGAGUUCACAAUGAGGGACAAAAACAAACAACAAAUAGUACUUACCUGUAGAAAGGAGACACCGUGAUUUUUAAUCCACUUUCUAUGAUUAUGUUUUUAAAUAAUGUGGUCAAUAAUUACA